AUGGACGAAGACGCUCCUCUUACCCCGGAGCCGGGUCAGGAUCACGGCCAUCGUGGUCAUCGCGCCCCCAAUGACAAUGGCAAUGGCAAUGGGCGCGCCUCGCUCUAUCGCAUGAGCUCUAAUCAGAGCAGAUCGAGCAUUUUCGAAGAUGUCGAGAUGGCGCAUGAAGAGCUCUUCUCUGGACCUAUCGCCGAAAGUCUUCCCACCAGUGUUUCGGCAUUUUCCCAUCGAAGACCUCGCGCCGAUUCGACCACCAGCUUCGCCUACUACGAUGACGAGAACCAAGGUUUCCCGGAUGACGACGACGACGACGAUGCCGAGAGUGUAGCCGUACAAAGCAUCGCCGGCGAUCAUGUUCGACGAAGCGUCUCAGACAUUGGAGAUUUGGAGUUUGGAGUGGAUGGUACCGAAGAAUACGACGACGAAUCCCCAGAGCCUGACUACCGCAUUUCUGAAGACAACUAUGGUCGCCGUAGACACUCAUCGGUAUACUCUCGCCACUCAGUCAACGCACACCUGUUGCGACGUGACAGCACCGCUACUGCCGGAAGUUUUCGUCGCCACGGGCGCACUAGUCAAAAGGUUUACCUUGCCAACGAAGAUCUCACCAUCGUUAUCGCGGGAUUCACGACAAGCAAAAUUGGCUCUGCGAUAUACAUCUCGUUGUGUAUCCUUACCUGCGGUCUCGCUUACCUACUAUUCCGAUGGUUGCCCAGGUGGUACGUUGGUCUUCUUGGACAAGCGUCUGCCCUAGGAGAAUGUGAAUGGGUCGUUAUAGAGAACCAAUGGGGAGAACUCAUCACCAUGGAUGUUCGGUCCCAAAUGUACGGCCGACCGUUGUCAAGUAUCUUUGGCCUGCCUGAAAAGUUUUAUUCUGAUGCGCUGGAUGAUGACGUUGAUCCUAUCGUCGACGACCUCAGAACGUUGGAUUAUCGCUACAUUCGCCUGUGUUUUCAUCCACUCAAAGACAAGUUCAUGAUGUUCAAUGGUUGGAAAGAUCCCAACUGGACUGACGUACGACUGACUCGCGCUGGAUUGGAUACCGACGAGCGAGGCGUUCGUGAAGUCGUCUUUGGCAGCAACCUUAUCGAUAUUGAGCAGAAGACUACAGGACAGCUCUUGGUCGAUGAAGUUCUUCAUCCGUUCUAUGUUUUCCAGAUUGCCAGUUUGGUCCUGUGGUCCAUGGACAGCUACUACUACUAUGCGAUUGCUAUCUUCGUUAUGUCAGUCGGCAGUAUUGCUGCUACUCUGAUUGAGACACGAGCUACCAUGAAACGCCUUCGUGAAAUUUCGAAAUUUGAAUGCGAUGUGCGAGUUCUUCGCAACGGUUUCUGGCGAUUCAUCAGCUCAGGCGAGCUCGUUCCUGGAGAUGUUUACGAACUCAGCGAUCCCAGCUUGACUCAGUUCCCCAGUGAUAGUCUUCUACUCACCGGCGACUGCAUUGUCAACGAGAGUAUGCUUACGGGCGAGUCGGUUCCCGUCUCAAAGCUCCCAGCAACUGAUGAAACUCUGCGCUCCAUGGAUUUGCAGGCGUCGUCUGUCUCGCCCGAGACAGCUCGACACUUCCUCUUUUGUGGUACUAAGAUCAUUCGUACCAGAAGACCCCAGGAAGAUGAGGGAGACGACGCUGUUGCGCUGGCCCUCGUUGUCCGCACUGGCUUUAACACUACAAAGGGUGCUCUGGUACGAUCGAUGCUGUUCCCAAAGCCAUCUGGUUUCAAGUUCUACCGUGAUUCGUUCAGGUAUAUUAGUGUCAUGGCCAUUGUUGCUGCCAUCGGAUUCUUGGCUUCGCUGGUCAACUUUGUUAGGCUUGGACUCGCAUGGCAUCUCAUCAUCAUUCGAGCGCUUGAUCUUAUCACCAUCGUUGUGCCUCCUGCCUUGCCUGCUACGCUGACCAUCGGAACAAACUUUGCUCUCAGCCGACUGAAGAAGAAGCAGAUUUUCUGUAUCAGCCCGCAACGAGUCAAUGUUGGUGGAAAGAUCGACAUAAUGUGUUUCGACAAGACGGGAACCCUAACGGAAGAAGGGUUGGACGUUCUUGGUGUUCGAGUCGUUGACCGCGACUCGAACAGAUUCAGUGAGAUUGUGACUGAACCCCAGAUGUUGCUUGCCGAAGCCACAAGGCAGAACGCUCAGGAUACCUACCGUGCCGCGUUGCACACCAUGGCCACUUGCCACUCGCUUCGAUCUGUUGACGAUGAGCUAGUCGGUGAUCCGCUAGACCUCAAGAUGUUUGAAUUCACUCGCUGGUCAUAUGAGGAAGGAAAGCAAACCGUUUCGGACGAAGAUGAGGAGCAAGGGGGACUCGCGCCCUCUGUUGCACGACCCCCUAAUUCCAGCGUCGAACUCGGUGUACAAAAGACAUUCGAAUUCGUUUCUAAUCUACGACGUGCCAGUGUAAUUGUUCGACAGUUCGGCCAAAAGAGCGGUGACAUCUUUGUCAAGGGUGCGCCUGAGGCAAUGAAAGAGAUAUGUCGCCCUGAAAGCUUCCCCGAGGAUUAUGACGAGCUUCUGUCUUGGUACACUCACAAGGGUUAUCGUGUAAUUGGUGUUGCUAGCCGUCAUCUUAAGAAGCUCAGCUGGGUCAAGGCUCAAAAAAUGCCCCGAAGUGAAGUCGAGAGCGACCUUGACUUUGUUGGCUUCAUUGUUUUUGAGAACAAGCUCAAGCCCACAACUGCAGCUGUCAUUGAGGAGCUUCUUAACUCCAACAUUGGGACAGUAAUGGUGACCGGUGACAACAUCUUGACGGCCAUCAGCGUGGCACGAGAGUGUGGUCUCAUGGAUCGAAAGGCCCAUUGCUUUGUUCCACGCUUUACUGAAGGUGAUUUCCGCGAUCCUGAGGCGAGAAUCGACUGGGAGAGCAUCGACAACAAUCUCUACCAUUUGAAUGAAAAGACUCUAUUGCCUAUGCCACCACCUCCUGAGGCAGACGCGUCGUUGCCUUUUGAUAUCUCCAAUCUUCGCAACUAUACUUUGGCUGUUAGCGGUGAUGUAUUCCGAUGGAUGGUCGACUAUGCAGCACCACAAGCACUCCAACGGAUGCUCAUCAACGGCAAAGUAUUUGCGAGAAUGUCUCCUGAUGAAAAGCACGAGUUGGUCGAGAAGCUGCAAAGCAUCGACUACACAUGUGGUUUCUGCGGUGAUGGUGCGAACGAUUGUGGUGCUUUGAAGGCUGCAGAUGUCGGUAUCUCUCUGUCCGAAGCAGAAGCUUCCGUGGCAGCUCCUUUCACUUCUCGAGUAUUUGACAUUCGCUGUGUUUUGGAAGUCAUCAAGGAGGGUCGAGCUGCUCUGGUAACAAGCUUCAGUUGCUUCAAGUACAUGAGUCUGUACUCGGCAAUUCAGUUCACAUCAGUCACAUUCCUCUAUGCCCGAGCCUCCAACUUGGGAGAUUUCCAGUUCCUCUUCAUCGAUCUCGCUCUCAUUCUUCCCAUCGCCAUCUUCAUGGGUUGGGCAGGACCUGCACCCAGGCUUUGUCGCAAGCGGCCUACUGCGGACUUGGUGUCACGCAAGGUUCUCACGCCUUUGUUGGGAUUCAUGCUUAUCUGUAUUCUUUUCCAGACUGUUACUUAUAUCACGGUUAAGGAGCAGCCUUGGUACAUUCCCCCGGUGGUGCACAAGGACGAACCUAGCAUCGAGAACUCGCAAAACACUGCGCUCUUCUUGUUCUCUUGCUUUGAGUACAUCUUGUCUGGGGUUAUCCUCAACGCCGGACGCCCAUUUCGACAGCGAACAACGCAGAACUGGCCGUUCGCUACGACUGUGUCUAUUGUGCUCAUCAUAACCGUUUACAUGAUUAUGUCGCCUGCCAAAUGGGUUGCAGAUCUGAUGCAGUUGACAGAAAUGAGUUGGGAUUAUGAGUUUUUCCUGAUUGCCCUGGGCUUUGCCUACUUUAUCGUUGCAUGGGCAUUUGAGCACUUUUUCGCCAUGACGCUGGCUCGAUUUAUUGGAACAGUUCAGCAGAAAGUGACAGGAAAGGCCAAGAAGCGCAAGCAGUACAAGGUUAUUGCUGAAGGAUCUCGUAUUUAA